GGAUGAGUGAGUUGCUAUUUCGUACGUUUGAGGCUCUUGCUUUGAAAUUGGGUAUCGCUUCGGAACGAGUCGCGGUUGGUGUGUCCGGUGGAAGGGACAGCAUGGCUCUCAGUUUAUUAGCCAAGAAGACUAUCAGGAAUGUGACAGCAAUAACCGUUGACCACAGGUUGAGGUCUGAGAGUGAGUUGGAGGCAAAAUUUGUGCAAACACAAAUGACCAAAAUGUGUAUUCCUCACAGCGUGGUGCAAUGUUCAUGGCCACACAGUCAUCCUGUGAAGUCGCAGCUACAGCAGCAGGCAAGACAAGCCAGAUAUCAUUUGUUGGCAACUGAAUGUGCUCGCUUGAAAAUCAACCACCUUUUACUGGCUCAUCAGCUCAACGACCAGAUUGAGACAGUAAUUCAUCGGAUAGGAAGAGCAAGUGGCAUAGAUGGUUUGUCUGGUAUGAAGAUGGUAACUCGCUGGAAGUCUAACUCGUCUCUUCUUCUUAUUCGGCCAUUACUGAAUUUUACCAGGGAAGAUGUGACUGAAUUUUGUUUGGACAACGGUAUCUCCUGGUUAGAUGAUCCUAGCAAUGAAAACAAGGAUUUUCGGCGAGUUGCAAUUCGGUCAUCUUUGGCAUCAGUGUUGUCUCAUAGUAAUGUGAGUAUUCGUGACUUGCAAGAGGUGACAGAGAUGGUGCGUGAUGCAAAUGACAUUGCGAACAACGAAGUGGCUCACAUCAUCAAGAGCUGUGUCACUGUAAUUGAAGAAUUUGGAUAUGUGGAAUUGGAUGUUAGCUCCAUCGCUCAUCUUUCAGCAAUGACUCUCAACAGACUGUUUAGUAAAUUGCUGAUGUAUGUGAGCGGCCUUCGGUACCCUCCUUCUCUUGAAUCAGUUUACAAACUUUUGACAAACAACAUAAUGAAUCAGAGACGACUUUCGCUACCACCUAUAGCAGUAGGUGGUUGUCUUGUUUUUGUCUACAAAACAUCAAAACUUGACAAAUCUUUGAGACUAGUGAUUUGUCGCCAACCUGCCGAAAGAAGUGAGGAAUCACAGUCUCUUAGUAUGGGAGAACGUCUCUGGUGGGAUGGAAGAUUUGUGAUCUCAAGUCAGUUAUGCAAUCAGUCGGCUGACUGGAAAAGCAAUCCUGUUUGUUUCAAUGUUCGAAGUUUGAAGAAAUUAGAUUUUCUUCUUCUGAAAUGUGACAAAGAUGCUUGUGACAGACUGCAUUCUGUACCUUUGUUUUGUCGUCUUGCUUUACCAGUAAUAUGUAAUGCUGCAACACAUACUGUUGUAAGCAUUCCACACCUUAGAUACACAAAUGGAUCUGAAAAAAUUGAAUGGAAAAUCACGCCAUGUCCAAGACAUCCACUGCCGCAGCAAACGUCAUUAUGUCAAACUAAAGAGCAAUGACAGGAUGCGUCAUUAUCUCCACCAGCAGCAGCUCGACAAUUAGU